AUGAAGGCGAGGCCCACAGCGCUGGCCCUGGUGGCCGCCGUCGCCCUUGACCUUGGCCUUGGCCUUGCCCUCGCCACGGGCGGCGCUGACGCCGUCGCCUUCGCCUCUUCGAGCGCCUCGCCCCACGGCGACCAGCACGUCAGCGCACGGGCCAACGGAACGGCCUUGCAGUUUGACAAGCCGGAGGCAGCUGCGGCGAUGAACGCGAGCGCGUCCGACGCGGCGGAGGCGGAGGUGGAGGAGGCGGGGGCUGGCGCGCGGGCGGCCCGCACCUUCGGCGGCCCGCGCAAGCGCCUGCUGCUGCUGCUGCCCAUCGUGUACAAGCUGGGCGUCAUCACGACGCUGCUGGGCGUGCUCAUCGCGCUGGCCGUCAAGUCGGUGGCCAUCGGCCUCCUGCUGCUCGCCCUCGGCGCCGCCAACCUCGCCGCCGUCACCAAGCUCAAGGCCAGCGACCACGGC